GCUAUUCGUUGUUGCUUCGGCCUCGCCUACUUAGCGUGAAAUAGUGUUGAAAGAGUCGCUAUAGAAGCUUUGUCGCCUCCUCCUCCGACGUCGGAUCGAAAGACACGACGGGAGAGCGCUCGCUGCGAAGGUAACCAUCUUUCUCCACGACAAGGACGCCGCCCGAGUCGUAAAUCCCUCAAAUCCGCCGAAGAAUGGGAUUCGGAUUUACGCGGAUUUACACGGAUUUAUGCCGUAAAUCCGUAAAUCCGGGAUUUGCGUCGCCGCGGAAUUUGCAGGCGCGCAGAAAACCAUUUGGCUGGAUUUAGGUUAAAUCCUGCUUAAAUCUUAUGCCAAAUCCGAUACCAAAGAGCCCCUAAAGGUCAUUUUUUAGUAUGCUUAAUGGAACCUUAGCUAAAGCUCGAUUUUUUCAUCUUCUUAUCUAUGCUUCCAUGCCGAAACUUCAAACCUUUCUUCAGAUUUCAUUGUGGGUUCCUCAAACCCUCGAAUUUUUCACGCGAUGUGAGGAAGAAACCCUCUGCAUCAUCAUCAGCGGCAUUCAGCCCCAAAUCGUUUCCCUUCUUUUCUUCCUCUUCCGCUGUAUUGAUUCAGUCCAGUGAUUUCUAUCCAGAAGCUUCUUCUGGCUUCCAUACUUCUCUUCUUGUCGCCCAAACCCUCGCAAAUCUGAGACACAAUCCAGACAUAGCUCUUGCAAUAUUCAGGGGCUUUGAGAACCAUGGAUUUCGGCACGACCUUUUCACUUGCUCCGUUAUUGUUCGCAUACUUUCGAAUGCAGGUCAGAGGAAGAAGCUUGUUUCUCUCUUCUCUGAAAUUAUCUUAACGAAGAGAAGUUUUAGUUUUGAGCUUGCUGCACUCUUUGAUGUUCUUUCUAAGGGUCCACGCUGUUCAAAGUCGUUGCUCCUGGUGUUUGAUUCACUUAUGAAAGCUUAUGCGUCAUGUCAGAGACCCAAGGAUGCCUUGGAGGCCUUCCGUGACCUGACUAGAUCUGGAUUCAUCCCAUCUCUUAAGACGUGCAAUUUUCUGAUGAAUUUUCUGGCCGAGGUAAGUGAUUUUGAGAUGGUGAUGGCAGCAUAUCGCUGCAUGAUCAGUUCUGCAAUCCGUCCAGAUGUACAUACUUUUACAAUUUUGAUGAAGGCUUCAUUUCGCUGGGGUGAGUUGGGGAAUGCGAGUAAUUUUAUGGUAGAAAUGACACAAGCUGGAGUUGCGCCAGACCUGUUUGCUUAUACUACAUUUAUCGCUGGGUUAUGUAAAUGCGGGAAACCAGAUUUAGCUAUUGAAUUUCUUAAAAUGGUUACAAGUCAGGGAGUUAGUACCCUAGCUUAUAACAAGGUGAUUAGCGAGUUUUGUAAACAGAUGAAAUUGGAAGAAGCUGAAAAAGUUUUUGAGGAUAUGACACUACAGAAUGUGUCCCCAGAUACCUUUAGCUACAACUGUCUCAUUAAGGUUCUCUGCGAAACAGGGAACCUUUUAAAAGCUGCACGUCUUGUAGAGGAGAUGGAGUCAAAGGAUAUUGUUCAUGAUUGUUUUACUGCCACUUUUCUUGUUCGGGGUUGCUGUAAGAUUGGCUUAUAUUAUGAUGCCUUACAGUAUUUCAAGAAAUUUAAGGACUCGGGGAUUUCCCUUGAUGGAGUUGUCUAUAAUGUUGCAAUAGACGCCUGGUGCAAGCUAGGAGAAAUGGAAUGCGCCAUGGAUUUAUUUCAAGAAAUGAUGGACCGGGGUUUAUUUCCAGAUAAGUUCCAUUUCACUACGCUGAUUUGUGGGUAUUGCUGCAAUGGAGAAAUAAAUUCUGCUAAGAGGUUGCUCAUGCAGAUGCUGAAUGCCAAUGUAGAACCUGAUCUUAUGACAUACAACGUGCUUGCUAGAGGUUUAUGUGAGAGUGGCUAUGUUAAUCAGGAAGCUGCCGACCUUUUGGAUUUAAUGUGGGAAAGAGGAGUACAGCCGAAUGCUACUACCUAUGGCAUAUUCAUUGUUGGACUUUGCAGAGGAGGAAAUUUAGAGGAGGCAGAAAUUUUGUUCAAGAAUUUAGAGGGAAGUGAUACCGCCCAAGAUACACCGCUCUUCAGUGCCAUGGUUUCUGGUUACCUCGAAGAAGGUUACACAGAAAAGGCAUAUGAGCUUUUUAUCAGGUUGCUUGAGCAAAGGAAUUUGGUGGAUGAGAUCACUUGUUCUAGGCUUAUAACAGAUCUUUGUAGAGAGAAGGAUGUUGAAAGAGCUUCUACGGCAGUAGAUCAUAUGCUAAAGACAUGUAUAACUCCUAAUAUUAUACCAUAUACUAAUCUUAUUGAAGCUUAUUGUCACAUUGGAGGCAUGGAGAAUGCUCGAAUUUUAUUUGAUAAAUGGGUUUCAAGAGGACUCUUGCCUGAUAUCAUUUUGUAUACCACUCUCAUGAAUGGUUAUUGCAAGGUUCACCGCCUGCAGGAAGCUUUCAAUUUGUUUUCUGAGAUGAAGGUAAGAGGAAUUAAACCUGAUGUUAAAGCUUUAACAGUUAUUUUGGAUGGAUAUCUAAAAGAAUAUUUAACUGAACGUUGCUUGAGUCUUGACAAAAAACUGAGAGACUUAGAAUUCAAAGCCAAGUUUUCUUCUCUGGCAAAUGUUAUGUUCAAAUAUAUUAAGACAAUGGAAAUGAAUGCAGAUAAAGUUCUCUAUACAGUUGUAAUUAAUGGGCUUUGCAGGAUGCAGGAUCUUCAAGAAGCUUGUAAGUUUUUUGAUGAGAUGAAGGAAAGGGGGCUUACACCAGAUGCUUUUACAUACACCUCUCUAGUAUGUGGAUACUGUAAGCAGGAGAAGGUAGAGAAUGCUGCGAACCUGUUAGAGGAAAUGCUGGAAAAAGGAAUUAUACCUGAUGAACCUAUUGCAUUCUCGAGCUUUGUUCGGGCAAAUAUGAAAUCUAAGCAGUCAGAUUUCAACCUGAUAAAAACACUUCUGUAGCCUUCUUGGAUGCAUCAGUGUCGUGUUUCUAUCCCUUCAACUUCAAUGAUGAUGGUGCUGUUCAAAAAUUUUUGAAUGUCUGAUAUUAGUUUGACAUCAAAGUGGUCAGUUUUUCAUUAUACCCUGGAAAUAGGCCAUGAGAGCUUGUUAUAAACUGAAAAGAAUCACUUGAACUUGUCACUUGUGGGUCCUUCCUGUUAUAAUAUUUCUCAAAGAAUUAUGAGAGAAUAUGCAGGUUUACUGUGCAUGAAAAUAACAGAAAGAAGGGAACAAGGGAAGCUUCUAGAGAGGGAUCACCUAAGAAGUGGCGUGCAUUCUGCCAAACUAACCUAUACUUUUGUUUAAGAGGUGGUUUAUAGAUUGAAAAGUGAGACUCCAGUCCAAAAGAGGGAUUGGAUUUAGCGGUUAAAUCAGGUCAUCAACUUGCACACAGCUCAUCUUGACCUGUUGGUUGAGAACUUAAGCUUUCAACUAUAAGGUAAAGAAAAACUAGUCUCUAUGAAAUAUGUAUUUACUGCAAUCGUCAUCAAUGGUUUCCACUUUCCAGAAUUGCUGUUUUGUAAGAAUUGCUGGUCAAUUACAAGAUUUAAAGCUUAGCAUUAAAAAUACAUUUGUGCACAUUUUACCAGCAUCAAGGUCUUCCCUUUUUUU